GACUGGCUAGUCAACUAGUCCGUCGACUAGACUAGCCAGGGCGAGGCUGAUGGGAACUAGGAAUCGAGCCUAGGCUGUAGCAGGCGCUUUCCCCCUUACAUCGACGCUGAGAUGCUGCUGCAUGGGUGCGUGGAGUUCUCCUCCGGCCGAACUGGCAGGUACCACACACUCCCCACAAUCUCCUCUCAGGAGGCCUUCCGGGACCGAUUUGUCUCCCAGCACUGCCUUCGAGGUUGAUCACAUCACCAUAAUCACCUCCAGCACUAUCAACAUGAUCAUCGUCAUCGUCAUCAUCAUCAUCCUCAUCAUCGCACAGGGUCAAGUCGGACUUCCAAUUCUGAUUCGCAGCUGAAAUGGAUCACAAUUGCGGAGUAUUCACGGUGGAAACAGAACGCGGACCCGAAGAAAGACUUGGAGUGCUGGGUUGGGGUUCUGCGGAAAACCCGGAGUCGGGU